AACACUGCUUCUAUGAAAAGCAAUGUCUUCUGUGAAGUGUCAGAUUUCAAAACAAAAAUCACUAUCAAUCUACGAUAUCAAUACAGAAUACUCUAAAACACAAAACUUGUGAUUUAUAAAUUACUUUCAUUGGUUAUUACACGAUGGGUGCUCAAAAAAAGGAUAAUCGUAAAAAGAACAGAAGGCACGUAAUCUGUAUGGCUUCAGAUUUCUUUUACCCAAAUACGGGAGGAGUGGAAGAGCAUAUCUAUAAUUUGUCACAAUGUUUAAUUAAACGCGGGCACAAAGUAGUUAUAAUUACUCAUUCAUACGGUCAACGAAAAGGAAUUAGAUAUUUAACGUCGGGACUCAAAGUAUACUACUUACCAAUUCGCGUAUUUUAUGCCCAGUGUGUUCUGCCUACCAUGAUAUGCAACAUUUCUUUGAUAAGAUACAUACUGAUCCGAGAAUGUGUCGAAAUAGUCCAUGGUCAUUCAGCAUUCAGUGUCUUAUGCCAUGAAGUUUCAAUAAUAGGUAAAUUGAUGGGCUUAAAAACUGUCUUUACAGAUCACAGUCUAUUUGGAUUUGCUGACACAUCUGCUGUAUUAACAAACAAAUAUCUACAAAUGUGUUUAUGUGAGUGUGACCACUGUAUUUGUGUAUCACACACUGGAAAAGAGAAUACUGUACUAAGAGCGAAAGUGAAGGCACACAAAGUGUCUGUUAUUCCUAAUGCUGUUGAUGCCUACAAUUUUACUCCAGAUCCUAGCAAAAGAGAUCCCAAUGUUAUAACAAUAGUUAUUGUGUCUCGUUUAGUGUACAGAAAAGGUGUUGACCUAAUGGCUGCUGUUAUAGCAGAUAUGUGUCCUAGAUAUCCACAACUCAGGUUUAUAAUUGGAGGAGAUGGGCCCAAGAUGUGGCUCUUACAAGAAGUGAGAGAGCAAAAAGGAUUUCAACAUUGUGUCACUCUUUUGGGCAGUCUUAAGCACUCAGAAGUCAGAAAUGUUUUAGUUAAAGGAGAUAUAUUCCUAAACACAUCAUUAACUGAAGCUUAUUGCAUGGCUAUAGUUGAAGCAGCCUCUUGUGGGUUAAAAGUUGUCUCAACCAGAGUUGGUGGGAUCCCUGAAGUGUUACCUGAGAAAAUGAUUUAUUUAACAGAACCAAAUGUUACUUGUCUAGUACAGGGAAUAGAAAAAGCUAUGAAAGACAUAGAACAUGGUAAUAUAUUAUGUCCCUAUGUAUGCAACAGCAUGAUAAGGAAAAUGUACAGUUGGAUGGAUAUUACAAGGCGGACAGAAAUAGUUUACAAUAAGAUAUCCAUGAAUAAAGAUAAGCCUUUAGGUUUACAAUUACGUAACUACCUCACUUGUGGUGUGUGGCCAUUUCUAUUAGUCAUAAGUUUAAUGUAUUUGUUAUUGAAAUUGACUGAAAAAAUAUAUAAAAGAAAACAUAUUGAUAUUGCAAAAGAUUUAAAGUUAUAGUAUGUGUGGGGAAAUGUGGUUAUUUGAAAACAAGAAUUAUUCCAUUUUACUCACUCAAGUUUUUUAUGACUAGGUUUCAAAUAGCCUCAUUUUAUCAAUCAUACAUUAUGUAAGAGGGGAUAGACAAGGGUUAUGAGUGUUUGUAUGUGUG